CGAAAUAUCAGUAACUUGGGGAAAAAGUUGCCAUUCCAGAAAAAUAAACUUGGGGAGAAAGUCGGUGUGUGCCCUAAAUUAAAAACCCCUCCAUACAAUCAAACGCACAAAUUUUGUUCCAUCAAAUCAUCAUCCAAAAUUGUUACAAACUCAAAUCAUUCAUUCUUUCUUUCUUUUGACAUAUUAACUUCUCAAAUUCCCUACGUUUUAUAAUUUGGGGGUUUACUAAACAAUUGAUUAAAAAAUAUAAAAUAAAAAUCCCUUCGAGACGCCAAAAAUAUCGAGUUGAAAGUUUUCUGAUUCAUUUGAGUUCUUGAGAUACACAGCUAAAAUGACGAGCGUGUUUGUGGCAGGACUUGCGGUUGCUACAGGUGCUACUGCAGCUCGUUACGGCAUCGUAGCUUGGAAUUCUAUGAAGUCUGGAGCUUUUAGCAAGCUUUUCAAAGGAGGGUUAGAACGCCAGUUUUACAAAGGAGGGUUUGAACCUCAUAUGACUAGAAGAGAAGCCGCUCUUAUUCUUGGAAUCAGGGAAAGUAGGGCAACAGAUAAGAUAAUAAGGGAUGCAUAUCGAAAGGUGAUGGUUGCAAACCAUCCAGAUGCUGGCGGCAGUCACUAUCUCGCUUCCAAAAUUGGUGAAGCAAAAGAUAUGAUGAUGAAGAAGUCAAGGAACCCUGACUCUGCUUUCUAAUCUCCAACAUGAAAGCCUUUUUUUUGUCAGUCAAUCAAUUGAUUGUAUCGGAAAAUGUUAUGUGCUGCGGCUCUUAGGUAUAAUGUUUCUUGAAAUGAUCCAUGGAAUGGAAACAACCGUGUACUAAUCUAUUUUGGGAGUUUAUUAACGCUGUUGGUCUUGGUUACAACCACUAGGCUGUAUGUAUAAGAGCGACCUUUCUUUUUUGCAAA